AAAACCCCAGAGAGCCCCCCCGAGCAGGAGAGGAGGGCGACCGCGCAGGGCAAUGCCGUCCACGCGCGCACUCCGGCGGCUCGACUUGCGUCGGUCGCCGCCGCCCCGGCCGAGCCCGCAGGCGGCAGUGGCGGCGGCGAAGAAGAAGGAGGAGGCGAGCCCGUGGCCGCCGUCCUCGUCCUCCACCUCCUCGUCUUCUUCCUCGGCGUCCGCGCCCGCCAAGCACCCCGCCGCCUCGUCGGCGGCCGCCGCGCCGAGGGGCGGAUCGGCGGUGCGCGUGUACCCGCUGCGGGACUUCCCGGGCCUGGACGCGGCCGCGCUCGGCGGCGCGUUCCGGGACAACGUGCGGUGGCUGCUCAAGCAGUGGGGCUCCUCCGCGUCGGGCUCCGGGUCGGCGUGGCGCGCGCUGCUCUCGGACGAGCGCACGGGCGCCGUUGUCCCCAUUGUAGCCGUCGAGGAGCUCGCCGCGGCGUCGCCCGCGCCGCUCUGCGACCUCUGCCGCUGCGCCGGCUGGAGCCACCACUGGGUGUCAAAGCGGAAGUACCAUUUCAUCAUUCCGGCAGCAGUCGACUGGGACCAGCCAUUCAGGGCUGAUACGUUGCUUGGGCGCAGUGAUCACCUCCUACAUGGCCUGAUCCAUAGUAAUGGCUUUGGUCACCUUGUCACUCUCCGUGGUUGUGAUGGUGGCUCCAGGUUUCUUUCUGGCCGCCAGAUCAUGGAUAUAUGGGAUCAACUUUGCACUGCUCUCCGUGUUAGGGCCGUAUCUGUGGUGGACUUAACCCAGAAGCAUUCUAUGGACCUCCGCCUACUUCUAGGAGUGGCAAAUGGUGAGACAUGGUUCACUCGCUGGGGGUAUUGCCUUGCCAAGGGAUGCUUCAGUGUGUCUACGUCCACUUAUGCUGCUGCACUUGAAGCCCUUGCUGCCCUGCCUGUUGAUUAUCUCCGCAGCCGUCAUGUCCGUCGUGUGGUCACCAUCUACCGCCGCCUCUCCAACAAGCCUCUGGCCACUGUCCGUGAGUUCCUCCGCUGCCUCCUUGAUUGGAAGCACCGUGAGGCCCCACUUUUGUCACCUUCUGUGAAGACAUCCCCACGGCUGACGUUCUUGCUGCCAAAGUCAUGUGUCGUGAAGAGGCUGAGGCAGCCAUGCCAGCGCUUUGAGGAUGUUGUUGACCUGCUCGAGUGUCGGUGGUCAAAGAAACGGCUGCUCAAUGCUGCAGAGGUCGUUGUUGAUAAGCUGCGGGAGCAUGCCAAUGGCACAAAGAUUACACGACAGGCUGUGCGAGAUGCUGCCAGGGGUGCCAUCGGUGACACAGGUCUGCUUGACUUUGUCAUCAAGUCCCUUAAUGACACUGUUGUUGGUAACCAUAUUGUGCGUCGUGUGCCUGACCCUGAGAAUCGCGUGCUUCACUUCAGCCUUGAGGAAUACGCAGAGCCUGAGCCUGAACCACAGCUAGAGCCUGAGCUAGAGCCAGAGCCAGUGGAACUUGAUGCAGAGCGCACACCUCCUGCGGUCCGAUGGCCAAGCACGUCAGAGGCAGAGCGGGAUCUGCGUGCUGUGUACCGGGCAAUGGUGGAGGCACGCAGUGAGGCAGCACAGGCUGUGCUUGACUGCAAGCACUGGGUGAAAUGGUGGGGCCUGGGGGAUGAGUCUGAUGACCAGUUAAGGUUCCUUGUUGAGUGGCGACCGCGGCCGUGGGAGGCUAAUGAACUUACAAGGCCAAUGCCACCAGGGGAUAUUGUGGUAGUACCACUCCAUGCGUCCAUAGGUGAGCUUCUUGUCGAGGCAGAGCAUGCGCUGCGGGACACAUACUGCUUCUUUGAUGGAUUCAAGGCUGAGUCACUGGAUGGCAUUGCUGGGGAGAAGUGGGAUCCGGUGAUGCUUGGUGGAGCAGAGUCUGGUGACACGAUCAGUGUGCAUGGCCAUGGAGUGGACAUGGAGACUGGGCUGCGUUGCCAGGGAGGUGUAGAUGCAUGGGAGGUCCAGUGUGUCUGUGGUGCACAGGAUGAUGACGGGGAACGCAUGGUGGCAUGCGAUGCAUGCAAUGUCUGGCACCACACACGCUGUGUCGGUAUUGCGGAUGGUGUGCCCGUGCCACCAUUAUUUCUCUGCAUGUCCUGCGGUGGCGCGCUCAUGGCUGCUGGACCGAUCCUGGAUGAGGCACUAAUGGUACCUAAAGUGAAGUGACAAUUCUUUCGCCCCUUUCUUAGUUCUUACAUGCUUUGGUUCAUAUGUUUUACGGUGGUGAUCUGACAAGGUAAACCAGUUCAGAAAAACUGUGAGAUCCUUUUGUAAAGUGUGUUGGUGUAGAAGUAUGUAGUUAGUGUAGUGCUGAUGCAGUAAUACUGGAUGUUAUCUGUAGAGAAUUAGUAGGGGAGAACAGGAUUAGACAGUGGGAAAAGGAAGUCCUAUCCAUGUCGUUAGCAAUCCGACUGGAAAUUUUGUACCUCAUACAUUAGAGGCUAUGGUGAUGUAAAUAGCUGUUCUGUGAUUGCACCUUUCUACUGUCUCUGAAUCUUGGCUAUGAAGUUAAACAUCUUGUUCACUGUGUUUUCAUGGUGGCUAACAGCCUAA